AUGGUAGGGAGCACGAGCAGCUAUGAACAUCGUGGCAUCAUUCCACGAGUACUAGCCGACUUGUUCAAGGAAAAGGAGGAGAGANNNNAGUCGAGUCGCCCCGUGAUCGAUGAUAUCAGGGUGUCACCGUGUCACCAUCGGGGAGCAGUCGUCCUUGCUUUGGCAUCGAGGAACAGGGAGCACGUCCCUUAUCGACAGUCUAAGCUCACUUACCUCCUCAAAGAUUCACUAGGGGGGAACUGCAGGUCCGUCCUCAUUGCAGCCAUAUGGCCGGAAGCUAGGCAUUUUGAGGAGACCGCCAGCACGCUUCGCUUCGCCAGUCGGGUGAGAUGCGUAUCGAACUCGCCUGGUGCUAACGUCGACAUGGACCCAAUCAUGUUACUGAGGAAAUACGAGAAGGAUAUCAAGCAGCUUCAACAGGAGCUGGGAAUGCACGACAUAUUAGCAGGACGCCAUACGGUUCGAUAUGACGACUACAGCCCGGAGGAGGUCGAAGAACUGGAGAAACGGGUGGUGCGGUUUCUCAAGGGGGAAGAUGCAGACUUCGAAGUGGAGUCCAUCCAGCAAGUCAAGGAGGCCUUCAAGAUAGUUCGACGAUUAUAUCAGAGUAUAUCUAGCGAGCUAUUGACAUUGAAGGCGACCCAGGAACCUGAUCCUGAGCAGGCCAAGAGUGACGUGAGCGAGAAGGUUGAGGCUCCAAAGCCCUCAAAGGAAGAGACGGUCGGUGAAGAGGUGCGAGAUGGGGUGGGAUUCUCUGUUGGAUUGGCUGGUGACGAUGGUGCUGCGGCUCCUCCUCGUGUCGAUGCCGAGCAUAUUGAGACUAGUGAUGAUACCAGGACGGCUGGUCAUGGGAAGCAGAGCGCUGAAGCCGCGCCUUCUCGGCAAACUGCUUACGCUGAGUUUAGAAAACAACACGGCCACGCUUACGAUGAUCGUCAUCGGGCUCUCGCUGCCCGCGCUAAAGAGCUACGAUCUGCGAUCCGGGCCCUUGCUAGUAGCUCUAACUCGACGAUUGAUCAGAUCGAUAGAAUGAAACUUGAACUUUCGCGUUUCCAAGACCUCGGAUCAGAACGUGAGACGGACGAUUCUGGGAAUAUCAUUCUGGACGAAGACGAGUAUCGUAUCCUGAGAGAUCUGGCCGAAGCAAAGAAGGGGUUUUAG